AUGCCUGACAAUCGUAUUGCUUUUCAACUGACAAUACCAGCACGACAUCGUUGUCGUACAUUAUGCAAUUCACCACAACAAAGACAUAUCGAUAUUGGAUCUUCUAAAUGUAAAUCGAAACAGCCUGAAAUGAUUUCUAUUCAUCAAGACAAAUGUGAUUGUUCACCAGAUUCAGUUUGUAUUGGUAUUGUAAAUAAUCGAUCAAUCUGUCUUUGUCCUUUAACAAAAACUUCACCUCAAUGUCUUUUGAACUCGAUUUGUCAGAUGAAACCAUGUAUAAAUGGAAGCAUUUGUGUACCAUACUCUGAAAGAUUUUCUUUUAUAAAUUUUACAUGUGUUUGUCAAGAAGGAUUUUAUGGCUAUCAUAUUCGCCCUCAUGUAUCCAUACAUGGACAAUCCAUAUAUGUUAAAGUGAGUAUUGUAACAAUCUCAAUAAUGUUUGCAGUAGGUUUGACUUCUGGGAUUUUUUCGAUAUUAACAUUUCAAUCAAAAUCAUCUCGAAAAGCUGGUUGUGGUCUUUAUCUUCUUGCAAUAUCGAUUACAUCGAUUUUAAAUAUUAUUUUUCUAAAUAUAAAAGUAUGGUUUCUUAUUCUUUCUCAAAUGACUAUUGUUAGUUCAGAGUCAUUUCUUUUAUUUAACUGUAUUUCAUUAGAAUUUAUUCUUCAAUCCUUAUUAGCCAUGACCGAUUGGUUUCAUGUUUGUGUAUCUAUUGAACGAUGUGCUGCUGUUUUUCUUGAUGUUAAAUUUAAUUUGACAACAAGUAAAAAAUUUGCUAAAUUAGUAAUUUUGAUUAUUAUAUCGGAUACUUGUAUUUCUUUUCUUCAUGAUCCUAUUUAUCGUCGUCCUAUUGAUGAUGAAGAAGAUCAGCGAACAUGGUGUCUUCUACAAAUGCCGUCAAAUAUCGAAACAUAUAAUUCGUUUAUUAAUAUCUUUCAUUUUAUUGUUCCAUCUUCACUUAAAGUUAUCCCACCUAUUUGUAUUAUCGUUCUUAUUGCGAAUAAACAUGUUGCAGUUAAACAACAAGAUACAUAUAUACAACAUUUGAAAAAACAAUAA